AUGAGCCACCCCAAGGAGAACAUUCUGGCUGCCAUAUGCGACAACGACCUGUCCAUUGCGCACGACUUCGAUCUGACUGAUUCGAGCGGCCGUCUGAAGGACGGUUGUUUCACGUGGGUUUUGGUCGCUCAGUGUGGUGAUCACUAUUUCCUUCUUCCCAUCUUUAUGCUCCCUCAAGGAUGUGAGGCGGAACGCCAUAUGGUCCUCGGUUCCAUGGGUACUCAAGUCAAUCGAUAUUGUUUUGCCCCGAGAGCCCAGGCACGAAGUCUGUUCACCAGAAAGCCAAUCCCAUCUAGUCACCGAACCGGUUGA